AUGACUUACAAGUUCCACGAGGAUGAGCACGGCGAGGUGAUUGCGGAGAUCCGACGGUCGGAUAUGGAGCCGUACCUCGGGCUUCACUACCCCGCGACGGAUAUCCCGCAGGCGUCGCGGUUCCUGUUCAUGAAGAACCGCGUUCGCAUGAUCUGCGAUUGCAACUCCGCUCCGUUUUCCCUUCGCGUCCUCUCCACUUCCGCCUCCAUUCUCCCCCCGUUACCCCCAUCCCCUCCACCCCCACUGCCCCUCCUCUCCCCCUUCUAUCUCCAGUACAUGGGCAACAUGGGCUCCACGGCCUCGCUCGUCAUGGCCGUCAUCAUCAACGACAACGACGAGGACGCCGUCGCCGCCGGCCAGUCCAAGGGCCGCAAGCUCUGGGGGCUCGUCGUCUGCCACCACUCCUCGCCCCGCUACGUGCCCUUCCCGCUGCGCUCCGCCUGCGAGUUUCUCAUGCAAGUGUUCGGUCUCCAGCUGAACAUGGAGGGUCGAGCUUGGCCGCUCAGCUGCGCGAGAAGCACAUUCUCCGCACCCAGACGCUCCUGUGCGAUAUGCUGCUGCGCGACGCGCCCAUUGGGAUCGUCUCGCAGUCGCCCAACCAUCAUGGAUCUCGUCAAGUGCGACGGCGCGGCGCUGUUCUACGGCGGCCGGUUCUGGCUGCUCGGAACGACCCCUACGGAGCAGCAGAUUCAGGACAUUGCCUCCUGGCUGCUGGAGCAGCAUAAGGACUCCACCGGUCUGUCUACGGACAGUCUCGCGGACGCUGGGUAUCCCAACGCGGAGACCCUUGGGAACGCCGUGUGCGCGGGUGCAUCAACGGCUGGAACGCCAAGGUUGUCGGAGCUGACGGGGCUGCCUGUGGGCGAGGCCAUGGGACGGUCGCUAGUGCACGACCUGGUGCACGAGGAGUCCAAGGAGGUCGUCGAACGCGUGCUUUAUCUCGCGCUGCAAGGCGAGGAGGAGCAGAACAUCGAGGUGCAGCUGCGCACGUGGGGCGCGCAGAAGGAGAAGAAACGCCCGUCAUCCUCGUCGUGA